UGCACAAACUCUUCACAGACACAAGUCUGUGUAGGUAACUGUGGUGAAUGCAUGCCUGUGUGUCCUCUGCUCGCGUUGCUGCUGCGUUUGCAUGUGUGUGCCAAGGUUGCGGCAGGUCACUGAGUCAUCUCGGCGAAAACUGAACCUCGAAUCUGUAUCUGAAGCAGAGAGUUUCAUCCCGUCCUCUUUUGCCGCAUUUUUUGUACUCAUGGAAACUGGACCCAUAGACCCCGUCCUCAUCGAGAGAUACAACAGCCCGGGUUUCAUCGGCUGCCUGUCCCGCGUGCAGUUCAACGGAGUCGCGCCCCUCAAGUCUGCUCUGAGAAAAGCCGCAGACGCCCAGGCCGACAGCCACCCUGCGUCUGCCUCUCCUGUGUCCUACCAGGGCAAACUCGUGCAAUCUAACUGCGGGGCUUCGCCUCUCACCAUCCCACCAAUGUCGGCCGCACCGAAUCCCUGGCCUCUGGACAACACCGAUGCAGAGACUCCCCUAAAUGAAGAGCGAGUCAUUCCUGAUGGAGUUAACAGGGACUCGGCCAUCAUUGGAGGGAUCAUCGCAGUGGUGAUCUUCACCAUCCUGUGUACGCUGGUGUUCCUGAUCCGCUACAUGUUCCGUCACAAAGGCACCUACCACACCAACGAGGCCAAGGGCAGCGGGGAGUCGGCCACAGAGUCGGCCGACACGGCCAUCAUCGGCACCGACAACCCAGAAACUAUCGACGAAUCAAAGAAGGAGUGGUUCAUUUAACGGGCUGACGAUGGGACUCGGACAGAGCAGGCAAAAUGCGAGACCAUCGUUGCUCACAGAUGGAGGAAGAUUAAUCACGUGACCGACCACUGGCGAUAAAGAGGAGUGACUGUUCACAAGGACAACAAACUCCCUGAGAAGAUGAGGGUCGUGGGGAAAUUUCUGUUCCAUUCUUUUUUUUUUAUAAAUCCAGAGUAUUAGAAAAAGAAAAGUCGGACGCUUAUCCUGAGGAGUACAGCUGUAAAAGACUAUACAUGUAUAUACUAACCAGCUUAUCCUUCUUUGUAUCGUGCUUGGGAGUUUUCAGGAGUCCUUUGAAUACUGUGUAUGACAAAUAAUUACACUUACUGGAUGGUGUAAUAGCAAAGAUUUAUUGCCAGUCCUUGUUUGGUUUUGAUUUUAUAUUUAAACAGAAAUCUUAUAUAAGAAAUGAUCAAAUCAACAUGCCAAACAUUUUGUUUGUUUUUUAUCUUUUUCUUUUCUUUUUUUUCCCAUUUUUCAAGCUGUAGUCGCACCAGUCUGUCAACACUCGCAUUCAUCCAGUGGAGCACAUCCUGUAACCUGGUAACAUAAGAGUUUAUCAUGAAUGCCAAAAGUCUCUUUGUAAAUAUAUUUUGUGUCAGUUUUCCUGAAAAGAUUUAUUUAGAGUCCAAAAUGCCAAUGAGAAAUGUCAUAUCUAUAUUACAGUAAUAUAUCUGUCCAUUAUAUUAUAUAUGUGUAAAAUACAGAGUUUUAUGUUUAGGUCUCUCAUGACUUUCGAUUGUACGGGACGCUCCCUCCUGUGGCGGCGCAGAGAGGGGUUUCUCAGAGCUUGAUGGCAAAUUGUGAUUUUUCCACCGAUGGUUUAGCUCAUCAUCAUGGCAGCUUUCUUUGAGUUUAUGAGUGAAACCAAGAGCCUUUACUCAUUCGGACGCGAGCGGUCAGUUUGUUUCUUUGCCAAACACUUUGGUCUUAUUUUCAAAGUUUGCGGAUAUCAUUUGGCGUUGAAGGUUUUCUUUGCAUUCUUUUUCAUGUUAAAUGGAGCCAUUUCUAACGUGUGCAUGUACGCAGUGUGUGUAGGUCAAAUGCUGAACAAAGUGCCAGAGGAGGCAGCUUCACAGUUUUUCUUUAUGCACUUAGCUCCGAGCGUUGAAGGAGCCUGAAGCAGCAUGAAUUUAAAGUAAAAACUCCGAACACCACCAGGGAUGAAGUUAGGAUGGUAAUUGGCUUACGAAUCUGCUGUGCCUUUAAGGUGUUGAGCCAUAUCGCCUUUUCUUCUGUUACUUAACUUAGACCCAUAACAAAAACUUGACUGAUGCUGCAUGAAAUCUAUUCAGGUUUUCUUUUGCUUCCUUCGUAAGAUGGUGCUCUUCAGUUUCGCACAAAAUGCAAACUCCAGCCAGUUUUUCCCAGCCCAUCAAGUAUGUCGGCGACGGUAAGAAAGUUAAGCACCCAAAUGGAGAGACGGAAAUGAAAUGAAGUAGGUUGCGAACUGAUGACUGUGUAAUAUCAAGUGGGAAAGGUGUUGGUAGUCUUAUGCUGUCAGCCCGGAUAUAAGCAGCAGUUCAGUCCGGAUCAGAGUCACAUGGCUGAAUCAAGUUUGUCUCAACUCAGGAUGGUUUAGAUACGAAAUGUAUCACAAAACGAAUCAAGAUUGCAUUAACCUCUUUCCAGUUUGAACUGCUGCAUAUUCUAAUUAGCAAUUGAAAACUUGGAGUGCAAACUAUGACUUACUUUCUUUAAAAGCCACUUCUGCCCCCCUGACACAGUGAUUCCCCUGGGCAAAGAGCCAUAUCACCCAGAUCAGAAACGGCUAUUCCAUACUGCCUUUGUAUUACGUCCUGUGGCAAGUGAGACCAGAGUUGCAGACUUGUAUUAUUUCAGCAGUGGGCCAUCUGGUGGCUGUUCUAAAUGUGCCAUAAAUUUGCAAACCGAAUCCAGUACAUAGUCGUCAUCGGCAUACAAAUCGAUCCAUUCCAUCUGUGUGCUUAACUUUUUUUUUUUUUUAAAAUCUGCUUUAGGAAAAGCUGUGCAGAAUUAUAUAUAAGGAGCAACUGCAUGGAUGUGCUGCCUACAAACGACAUCUAUCCUCUGAGACGCACACAAUCUGCAAAACAAAGUUCUGUUUCUAACUUUGCUUCUUUUGUCCUGUCAGCGAUGUUUACCUGUUCCACGUGUUUCAAUUGAAACAAGCUGCCAACCGUGUUUUUAGUUUUUAUUUCAAUUUGUUGCUUUGUUUUGUUUUGUUUUUCAUAUGUGUCAGUUUGGUUAAAGAGCUCCCACUCACGUGAAUGAUUUUAUUCCGGCCCAUCGCUAUCGCCUCAGGGUUGUACGCAGAUCACUUCAUCGGAGACGUAUUGGCAGCUGAGGAGCUCGGCUCGCCUUCGUCUGAGGCCUCAAAGCAAACUUUUUAACAUCGCAUCCUUCUCACGUUAUCGUCUCUGUUUUCCUUUUUCUAAUUAUAUUACUCGGAGUCCAAAUAAACAUGCACGCACACCCUCUUCUUGUGGUUUAACCAUAACGUCGAUGAUUAUCAGUGCUGACAGACUAAACCAUAAUGCAUUUGUUCAGCUUUCAGUUCUGUUGAGUACAAUAAAGAGUGUUUGAUCAAU